GAUGUCUGGUUUGUGGGAAGCGUCUGUUUAUUUUUGACACAAAUGAUGUGCAACAUCAAUUACGACCGCGGUUUAUAAGAGAGUACAGCUUUAGAGCCCAAAGGAGCUUUUGUAUGAAGAAAGAGAUGAGAUACUGUCAGUGACAGAGCAGUUCUGUGUACUCAAAGCCAGUUUAAUUGUACUGGUUCUCCAAGUAAUAAAACCACAGACACACGCCCUUUCCUGCUAAAAUAGACGAAGUCAUGAGGAAACAAACAGGACUUGAGAAGCAUGACAAAGCUAACUGUUCUCGUCUACCGCAAAUAAUCAAUUUAAAAAUCUUCAUAUAGCUCUGUGACGUGUCUCAAACUGUCUCAGCAUAAACAGGAAUAGUACACGCCAACGAGACGCACAAACCUGAAACUUCGGAUCCUGCACUGGGGUUUAAGAAAUGUUUUAAGGAGGAAAAACUUCACCAAACAUAGAAAAGAUGGAGCAAUUUUUCAAGUUUUGGUUCUUUUUGGCAAUUUUUUCAUUGCAGGUUUUCUGUAGUGAAGCCUUACAAGAGGCCAAGUCUCCAGGGGACAUUAUAAUUGGAGGAUUGUUCCCAAUACAUGAAAGUGUUGAUGAUAAUGGACUCUGUAACAGGUUCAGUGUUGCUCGGCUGGCCCAGUCUCUGAUGAUGGUGCAUGCAAUAGAGGAGAUAAACCAGAGUGGAGAACUUGGUAACAUCACUCUGGGAUAUCACAUAGUGGACUCCUGCGGUGAUAUUACCACAGCAUUGAGAAACACUCUGCCCUUCAUGAAAAUAAAUGAUCGCGAACAACACUUCACCCCACCGGUGAUGGCCGUCAUAGGAGAUUACUACUCAGAAAUAUCUGUAGCAGUCACAAGACAACUCAACUUGGAGAAAAUCCCUGAGAUCAGUUAUGGUUCUACAUCUGGAUUAUUAAGUGAUAAAACUCGCUUCCCAAGCUUUCUGAGGACUGUACCAGAGGACGAUCACCAGGCAAAAGCCGUCAUUGAAAUUCUCAAGGAUCACAACUGGAACUGGGUUGGAAUUGUGGCAACCGACGGUGAAUAUGGCCGCUAUGCAGUAGAACGUCUCCGGCAUCAUGCUGAGCGUCAUGACAUCUGCUUUGCAUACAUUAAAUUCUUGCCAGAGUUUCUUGUUGACAAUAACCUCAAGGACAGCAUCAACGAAGCGGUCAAAAGCAUCACUGAAAAUACUAAUGUCUCAGUUAUCGUCUCCUUCACCAAACCCAACCACAUGAUGUAUAUCUUUGACAAUGUUCUGAAGCAUCACGGAGGUAGAAACAAAGUUUGGAUAGCCAGCGACACCUGGUCACAGUCAGUUAAUUGUCUGGACACGACAAGGUGGAACUUGAAAGACGUCGGGACAAUUUUUGGCAUAACCCUAAAAUCUGGAAACACAUCCAGGUUUGAACAGUUUCUCAGGAAUCUUGAUAAUCGCCCCGAUCUGUACGAGAACAACUCGUUUUUGAGCGACUUUUUAAAUGGGACUGUCAGUGGCUCGAAUACAUCACUCGAUACAAAGAUCACUCAGUUAAUCAACAUGAUAUAUCCGUAUGCUGUGUUCAGUAUCGAGUUGGCAGUCAAAGCAAUUGCUGAGACUGUUAAAGACCUGUGCAUCAACCAGGAGUGCGACAUUGCCACGUUACAACCUGAAAAGUUCAGAGAUGUUUUGAAAACAGCAAAGUUCUACUUGGAUGGGAAAAAAUAUUCAUUUGAUAAAAACUGCAAUCUCAACUCGGGGUAUGACAUUGUCCUGUGGCGAUACAACUCUCCAAACACUCUGGACAUGAACUAUGAAGUUGGUCAUUAUCACAUUGAACAGGGCAGCAUGACGUUUAUUAGAUCGGAAAUCAGCAAUUUAUAUCAUCAGACUAAAAAAGUGAGAUCGAGGUGCUCAACGUGUUAUCCUGGCGAGUGGAAGGUCCGAAAGGCUGGACAGCCAGUUUGUUGCUACGAAUGCAAAAAGUGUCCCAUGAACUAUUACUCGGCCCACAAAGAUGCUUCGCUUUGUUUGGCAUGUGAAAACACCACUCACUACUCUUUCGAGGGCAGCCAAAACUGCAUCAAGAAAAGAAUCGACUACUUGGAGUGGGACGAUGUCUAUCAUAUUGUGCUUCUGGCUUUUGCUGCACUCGGAGUUCUGCUCACCCUUGUGGUUGCCGUCAUCUUCCUCGCCCGCUGGAAUACGCCAGUCGUACGCUCAUCUGUUGGCCCCAUCGCCAUCCUCCUCCUCCUCUCGCUUCUGAGUACAUUUGGGAGUGUGGUUUUCUUUGGCGGUCAACCCAAGGACUGGCAGUGCCAAACACGACAGGUGUUGUUUGGUUUGAGUUUUACAUUAUCCGUCUCCUGCAUCUUGGUAAGGUCAUUUAGGAUCAUCAUGGCCUUUGAAUUUGACCCUGUAACACAAGGCAUCCUGGAGAAGCUCUACAAGCCUUAUCUUAUUAUUCCAUUGUGCAUGGCAGGUCAGGUGCUGAUCUGCACAGUGUGGCUGGCCUAUAGGCCUCCGGUGUUUCAGCAGGAUUCUAAAUCAUUUGUCAAGCUACUUCUCUUGAAAUGUCAUGAGAAUUUACUCCCUGCGUUUGGGGCCAUGCUAGCCUACAUUGGCUUCUUAGCAAUCAUCUGCUUCAUUCUGGCUUUCAAAGGUAGAAAGUUGCCUGAAUGCUACAAUGAAUCCAAGUUCAUCACCUUUUCUAUGCUGAUUUAUAUCAUAACCUGGAUCAUCUUUGGUCCUGUUUAUGUGAAUGUCACAGGCAAGUACAAUUCUGCGAUUGAAAUGGCCGUUAUCCUCAUCUCAGCUUACAGCGUCCUGUUUUGCCUGUUCUUCACAAAAUGCUAUAUCAUCUUGUUCAAAGCGGAAGAAAACACGGUGAAUGUGUUUCGUAAUACCGUGAGGAACUUUUCAAUGGGAAGAGACAGGGAUCUGGACAAAAACUAUCCCAGUGGAAUCCAAAAUUCAGCUCUAUCAAUGGAGUCGCUGUCAAGCCCAGAGCCUUUACACCCUGUAGCUAAGCGGCGCGAGUCCAUAAACUCUGUUGCGAAACCAUUCUUUCAGUCCCCCGUCUUAGAUAAACAGCCACCCUUGCUGCAGGAUGAAGCACAAUAAAACCAGUUGCAGCAGUAUAUAUUUGGGUGCAGAAAUUAUUCUUAGAUUGUUAUAUAUAAUUAUAUAAAACGCAAUAUAUACAGCAAGUCAAAUGUUAUUAUUUGAGUUAUAAGAUUAUAGAAUUUGCUCAACAUUCAUAAUCCAAAGACAGAAAAAUAUUGUUGGUAUUUUUAUGGCAUGUAAUCUAAUUUGAUAAAUCCUCCCUCUAGUUUAAUUUCUACAAGCGAUUAAAAUGACUUGAUCAAAUUGCUAACAAAUAGUACGCGUUUUUAGAAACUGUUGGACCUAAUUGUACGAAGGUAAAAAUAAAUUACGGCGUCAUACUCACUCCAAUAAUAAAUUGAGUUAAGCUAACCUAAUAGAUCAAUGGCCUGCUGGUUUUAUCACUGACCUAUUUAGAAUAUUCUGUUUAUAAAAGCAAAA